CGCAGAUGAGCCCAUGGAAUCGCAUCUCGAACGCGCCAAGCGCCUCGCUCACGCCUUGCUCAAGCACUACUACCCUUCUUGUCAGGGCUUCUCCGUCGAACCAACUUCACUCGAUGACAUGGCUAGGCAUGGGUGGACCAUAGAGGAAAAGCAGGUUGAGUACCUCGUUGCACGUGGGAAUAAGAAGAAGAAGAAGAAGCUCCAUACUGUGAAGGCUGAGCCCACCUAUCACACUAUUCCCAAAGACCAUAUCGCUGGUUUUGUCGUCAAGAAGCAAUAUGUAGUUGACCAGGGUUACGGAACUGAAGCCAACGUCAAUAUCCCCCACACCUAUCUUGCGAUAAUGGUAGAUGACCUCACCAAGAUGGGGCGCUGGCAGUCGAUGCGACAGGCAGAUGUUCACCGCGGUGAUAUCUUGACAUAUUCACUCGGCGUGCAAGCCAAGGUACAGAGAGGGCCAGGGAUUCUAAUCGUCGGCAAUUAUAUUGAGUUUUAUCAAUACAACAAUGCUGGACCACGGUCAUUGUUCAUGUCGCCGUAUGCAAAGGAGCACUGGUCCCUUCCAAUGGAUGAAUCGAACAUCAUCCUUGUCAACCAGAUGUUCGAAGCAGUGGCGAUGACGGAUAUCGCGUAUCAAGAUGGUAUGGUUGGUGAGGGAGUACGCAAGGAACCCAGCACUCUCUUGUGACAGAUGGCUUGAGA